AUGGCUGCCGAAAAGGAGCUCCAGAGCAGUGCUGCCGCCCCAGUCGACAACAACAACAACAACAUGGCCUCUCUCGCCAACGACGGCCUCGCUGCCCAGCAGGCCAUUGUCAACGAGCGUGGCAUGAGCCUCAGGGACACGCUGCGCCUCUGGCCCAAGGCCAUCCUCUUCUCCUUCUUCCUGUCGCUCUGCAUCAUCAUGGAGGGCUACGACACCAACCUCAUGUCCAACUUCUAUGCCUACCCGGCCUUCAAGAACCACUACGGCAACCAGGUCGACCCCGACGGCGGCAUGCUCGUCAGCGCCACCUGGCAGACGGCCAUUACCAACUCGACGCAGGCUGGCUCCAUCAUCGGUCUCAUCAUCAACGGCAUCGUCACCGAGUGGAUCGGCUUCAAAAAGUCCAUGAUCUUCUUCAUGGUCUUCCUCAUUGGCGCCGUCUUCAUCCCCUUCUUCUCCACGGGCCUCCCCAUGUUCGUCGCCGCCGGCAUCAUCCAGGGUAUCCCCUGGGGCGUCUUCCAGACCCUUGCCGUCACCUACGCCGCCGACAUCUGCCCCGUCCACCUGCGCACCUACAUGACCUCGUGGAUCAACAUGUGCUGGGUCAUUGGCAUCCUCCUUUCGAGCGGCAUACUGCGCGGCCUCAUGAGCAUCGAGGGCCAAUGGGGCUACCGCAUCCCCUUUGCCCUUCAGUGGAUUUGGCCCCUGCCCAUCAUCGGCGUCACCCUCCUGGCCCCCGAAUCGCCCUGGUGGCUCGUCCGCAAAGGCCGGCUCGACGAGGCCCGCGCCGCCGUCCUCCAGAUUGUCAACCUCGACGCCGGCAUCCCCUUUGACGUCGACGCCCACAUGGAGAUGAUGCAGGCCACCAACCAGCUCGAGAUUGAGAUCAGUACCGGCACCCACUACUGGGACUGCUUCCGCGGCUCCGACCUGCGCCGCACCGAAAUCUCCUCCAUCACCUGGGUCGUCCAGGCCCUCUGCGGCGUCCCCUUCAUGUCCUACGCCACCCAGUUCCUCGUCCAGGCCGGUCUCGACUCCCAAGACGCCUACUCCCUCAACGUCGGCAAGGACGGCCUCCAGCUCUUCGGCUGCAUCUGCGCCUGGUACAUCAUGACCCACGUCGGCCGCCGCACCAUGUACCUCUACGGCCUCGUCGUCAUGUUUGUCAUACUCGUUGUCGUCGGCUGCAUCGGCAUCCCCGUCGAGAACGAGGCCCGCUCCUGGGCCAUUGGCUCCCUCCUCAUUGUCAUGCUCUUCUUCUUCCAGCUCAGCCUUGGCCCGGCCUGCUACUCCCUCGUCGCCGAGAUGCCCUCGACCCGGCUCCGCACAAAGACCGUCGCCCUCGCCCGCGCCGCCUACAACAUUGCCGGCCUCGCCACCGGCUUCCUCAUGCCCCAGAUGAUCGGCCGCAACGCCUGGAACUGGGGCGCCAAGACCGCCUUCUUCUGGGCCGGCAUCACCCUCCUCUGCGGCAUCUGGGUGUUCUUCCGCCUCCCCGAGCCCAAGGGCCUGACCUACGCCGAGCUCGACCUGCUCUUUGAGCACCGUGUCAGCGCCAGGAAGUUUGGACCAGAGGCAGCCAGCCAGUUUGCCGUCGAGCUGAACAUGGCUGGUGAGAAGACGGACGGCGCAGGUGCCCACCAUGCCGAGCAGGUCUAA